AUCAUAGCAGGGCCUGCGUGUCAACCGUCAGACCCUGCUAGAGUGUGGAAGAGGUAUUACCGUACUUCAGAGAGAGAGAGAGAGAGAGGGAGGGAGAAUGGGGUCAGAAGAAGAGAAAGAGGCGGAAUACCACAGUAAAGAUUUUGAAUGGGAAGAGGUUAGAGAAGAGGUUGAAAAGGAUCCAUCUCUUUCCCACCAUUCCAUUCCUUUUACAACUGCAACAUCUUCUACUUCCAAUUCCUAUGAUGAUUUCUUUUCUGAGCCUUGGAAAUCCUUCCACAAACGCCACUCCUCUGGCAGAUUCUUCAAGGAAAGGAGGUACUUGCUGAAGGAAUUUCCAGAACUACUUUCCUGUGGUGAUUUUUCAAAGGUUUUGGAGGUCGGAUGUGGGAAUGGAAGCACUGUGCUUCCCAUUUUGCGUGGAAAACAGACUGCCGUUGUUUAUGCUUGUGACUGUAGCACAAAAGCUCUUGAAAAGGCAAGGGAGAUGGUUGAUGCUGUUUUGGGGCUCUCUAUCAAGCAUCGUUUCCAUGCCUUUUUCUGUGACUUCUCUGUGAAUGGAUUUCCAAGUUGGUUGUUCUGCGACGCAUGCCAAAAAACCUACCCAAAGCGACCUGAUUGCCUAGCAGAUGUUGAGGUGAAUAAUGAGGCCAGCCCAAGUGAAUUGUCUUCCUUGCAAGGAGCCAUGUGUUGCAUUGGCGGAGUUGAUUUUGUUACCUUGAUCUUUACUUUAUCGGCCGUACCAUUUCAGAGAAUGCCUCCAGUCAUUACAGAAUGCAUCUCUGUUUUAAAGCCCGGGGGGCUGCUCUUAUUCCGGGAUUAUGGUCUUUAUGACAUGACCAUGCUUCGAUUUCAACCAAACAAAAGAGUGGGGUUCAGAGAGUAUGUGCGGUCUGAUGGAACUCACUCAUAUUUCUUCUCUCUAGAUACUGUGAGGGAACUCUUCCUAGGUGCAGGCUUCAUCGAGCUGGAGCUUGAGUAUUGUUGUGUCAAGUCAGUGAAUCGCCGAAGUGGGAAGGACAUGCGGCGGGUUUGGGUUCAUGCAAAGUUCCAGAAGCCUAUCUGAAGCUGCCUAUCAAGCAUCAGCACAUUACUGGAGGUAAUGAGAGAAGUAAUCAACUUAUAUUUUUCACUACUCUUCUAUAUCGAAAUUGAGUUUGCUAAUCCCAUGCAUAUACGUGUGGCCACAUCUUGUUUCCCAGGAACGCAUCUGGGACCCCAAACGUGGAUGAGGUGGGGCCCAUCAUCUAGAUGACCUGACUCAAAAGUCGGAAGUUCAAUCCAUCAGGUGGGUCAUGAAGCAUGCACCAAAACCACGGGCAGUUUAAAUAUUGCAACAGUCCACAUUUAACCAGUAGCUGUGGUCCGCCUAAUGAGUUGACGAGCUUGAUUUUUGGGUUAGGAUAUCCAGUCGGUUUGACCCUCCUAAUGGAGAGUUGCAUGUGAGCUUAGCAUACCUCGCUGUCGAUCAUGGGCAUUGGACAGUCCUGCCUUGGAUGGUCGGUGUGGAUGAUUUCACUGUGGAAGGAUUCUACCCAUGGUUUAUAUUGAUGAUAAAGUAUCCAACGCCAAACGCUAAUGAUGUGAGACAAGUACACAAGAUCUGGACUGUUCAUACAUUGUACCCUAUGGCACACCCGUGAUGUGAUCCUAGCCAUCGAUUUGAUGACUUUUGCAUACCAUUGAUUGGAAUAUUUUCUAGCCAUCCAUUUGUAAUUUCGAACAAUCCCCUGAACAGUGGCUAAAGAUCAACUCAUUCCUUGUGAAUUUUUGGGGUAUGCCUCAUCGGUGAUAGGAUCUAGAGUGCCUGAUGACCAAGAUGAUAUUUUUUAUAACAUUGGAUCCUCUCUACAUCAUACCAUUCAUGUGUCUAUUUUCUUCUUUUGUGCUCGAUUAGGGUUUGCAACCCCAAUUAAUUGGCAUUUAAGGCUUAGAUGGUGGUGGUGAUACUUGAUUAGGGUUUCUGAUAUGGGUGAUCAGAGUUUGGAUUGUAAAUACAGACCAGACUGCAAUUUAGGGAAUUUGUUACUUGA